AUGGCAAGAGGGUUGAAGAAGCAUUUGAAGAGGCUCAAUGCCCCGAAGCAUUGGAUGCUUGACAAACUUGGCGGUGCCUUUGCGCCCAAGCCUUCAUCUGGGCCUCACAAGUCCAGGGAAUGCCUUCCCUUGGUCAUUAUCUUACGAAACAGAUUGAAAUAUGCUCUCACUUACCGUGAGGUCAUUUCCAUUUUGAUGCAACGACAUGUUCUGGUUGAUGGGAAGGUUAGGACUGACAAGACAUAUCCUUCGGGUUUCAUGGAUGUUAUUUCAAUCCCCAAAACAAAUGAGAAUUUCCGUCUCCUUUAUGACACAAAGGGUCGGUUCCGUCUCCACUCGAUCAGGGAUGAAGAGGCAAAGUUUAAACUUUGCAAAGUCCGGUCAGUGCAGUUUGGGCAAAAGGGUAUCCCGUACAUCAACACCUACGAUGGGCGAACCAUUCGCUACCCUGACCCUCUCAUCAAGGCCAACGACACCAUUAAGCUUGACCUAGAGAGCAACAAGAUCACUGACUUCAUUAAGUUUGAUGUUGGGAAUGUGGUCAUGGUUACAGGUGGAAGGAACAGGGGGCGUGUUGGAGUAAUCAAGAACAGGGAGAAACACAAGGGAAGUUUUGAGACAAUCCACGUUCAGGAUGCCACCGGCCAUGAAUUCGCUACUCGGUUGGCUAAUGUGUUCACCAUUGGCAAGGGGACGAAGCCAUGGGUAAGUCUUCCUAAGGGAAAAGGUAUCAAGCUCACUAUCAUCGAAGAGGCCAAAAAGAGGCAAGCAGCCCAACAAGCAUCCACUGCCUAA